AUGGAAUUCCGUUGCUUCGUUAGGAAUAAGCUCCUGGUUGGGAUCUGUCAACGUGAGGUUACCACGUUUUACCCGGUCCUCAUCGAGAAGAAGGACCAUCUUAAGGUUUUGAUCGAGGAUUUCUUUGAAAGUGAAGUAUUUUCGAACUUUGAAUUGGAUAAUUACACGUUUGAUGUUUAUGUAACAAAUGAUGGGAGGGUUAAGGUACUGGAUUUCAACCCUUGGGGGGCGUUUACGCUGCCGCUCCUCUUUUCAUGGGAUGAACUAAGUGAAGGGGAUGAUGAAGGCAUGGAUUUUAGAAUUGUAGAGAGUCGGUGUGUGGUUCAACCCAGUUUGAAAACGGCGGUGCCGUAUGAUUACUUGGAUACGAGUCCGGGGAGCGGUUGGGACCAAUUCCUGAGAAAUGACGACAAAGAGCUGAGGAGACAAACUGAGGAGUCUCCGGAAGCCAGUGCUUAG